GGGGCCGGGCGCUGCCCCGAGCUGCCCGGCCAUGCACCCCGCACCGCGCCGCGGAGCGUCCCUGGAGGCGGCGCCCAGCCCGCGGGACCCCGGCUGGCAGUUAAAUAAAUCAGCUUACAUGAUGAUUGAAGAUAACAAAGAGAAUGAAGACCAUGCAUCUGAAAGAGGAAGAGCAGCCAUCAUUUUUUCCUUGAAGAAUGAAGUUGGAGGACUUGUAAAAGCAUUAAAACUCUUUCAGGAGAAGCAUGUAAAUCUGGUACACAUUGAAUCACGGAAGUCCAAGAGACGAAAUUCUGAGUUUGAGAUCUUCGUGGACUGUGACAGUAACAGGGAACAACUGAAUGAGAUAUUCCAGCUCCUGAAAUCCCAUGUCAACAUCGUCUCCGUGAGCCCAACAGAACAUUUCAAUGUCCAGGAAGAUGGCAUGGAGAACGUUCCCUGGUUUCCGAAGAAGAUCUCAGAUUUGGAUAAGUGUGCAAACCGGGUGCUGAUGUACGGGUCUGACUUGGAUGCCGACCAUCCCGGUUUCAAGGACAACGUUUAUCGCAAGAGGCGAAAGUAUUUUGCAGACCUGGCUAUGAACUACAAACAUGGUGACCCAAUCCCCAAGAUUGAAUUCACUGAGGAGGAGAUCAAGACUUGGGGGAUUGUGUACCGAGAGCUUAACAAUCUUUACCCAAAUUAUGCCUGCAGAGAGUACCUUAAAAACCUGCCCUUGCUCACCAAACACUGUGGGUACAGGGAAGACAAUAUCCCCCAGCUGGAAGAUGUGUCCCGCUUCCUGAAAGAGCGCACAGGCUUCACCAUUCGCCCCGUGGCUGGAUAUCUGUCACCCAGAGACUUCUUGGCAGGAUUAGCAUUCCGAGUUUUUCACUGCACUCAAUAUGUCAGGCACAGCUCGGACCCUCUCUAUACACCAGAGCCUGAUACCUGCCAUGAGCUCCUAGGCCAUGUCCCUCUUUUGGCUGAACCCAGUUUUGCUCAGUUCUCCCAGGAAAUUGGUCUUGCAUCACUUGGGGCAUCAGAUGAGGCUGUCCAAAAACUAGCAACAUGCUACUUCUUCACGGUAGAGUUUGGCUUGUGCAAGCAAGAGGGGCAGCUACGAGUUUAUGGGGCUGGCUUGCUCUCUUCCAUUAGUGAGCUCAAGCACUCACUCUCUGACAGCGCCAAAGUCAAACCUUUUGAUCCAAAGGUCACCUGCAAGCAAGAAUGUAUCAUUACAACUUUCCAGGAGGUUUACUUUGUUUCUGAAAGUUUUGAAGAAGCAAAGGAAAAGAUGAGAGAGUUUGCAAAAACCAUCAAGCGCCCCUUUGGGGUGAAGUACAAUCCCUACACUCAGAGUGUGCAGGUCCUGAAAGACACGAAGAGCAUCGCCAGCGUGGUGAACGAGCUGCGCCACGAGCUGGACAUUGUCAGCGAUGCCCUCAGCAAGAUGGGCAAGCAGCUGGAAGUCUAACACCCUGCCAGCACUGGGCUGCAAGCCAGUUCUUCCCUUUCCCCACUGAUUUCUUUCCAGGCAUAUGAUGUGUUGCAUGCAGGACUCACUCCUUUACUCAUGGAAGAAUGAUCGGCCCAUAAGAAUACAACAAUUUAAUCUCA